GCUCCAGGGCCAAGGCAUAUAUAUAUAUCCCCAGGCCCCGGCCUUGCCGGAUGGCUGCGGCCCCGGAAGGGCCGGCGGUGCAGGCCUGGUCCCGGGUGGCGGUGGUGGGUCCCCGGGCGCUGCGGGACGCGCUGGCGGUGUUGGCUCCCGAGUGCCGGGGCGACUCGCAGCGGCAGCUGAUGAACAUGGUGCAGGGGCUGCGUGACGAGGGCUGCCUGCCCACGGUGCUCCGCAGCCAGGACGUGUACGGCUACACGUCCAGCACAUGCCAGGUGCCGCCGGCCUGCAGCGCCCACACCCGGCCCGAGCCCCGGCCCCGACACCAGAAACCGCCGGCCGACGCCAAGCUCCCACAUCGGCGAGGCUGGCUCCGGCCCCCGGCCCCGGGGGUCAGGCUGCGAGCCGUGCCGUGCCGGGACACCCGGCAGCACCGCUACCCCGAGCGCAGGACCGGGGCCCGCAGACCGAAUCAGCAGGAGGCCGGAUCCCGGGAGUUGAACCCGGAGGAAGAGGAGGAGGAGACGGCCCGGAGGCUGCAGCUACUCCGCUCCAAGGUCAUCAAGGUGGACGAGCCGUCGUCGGACGAGGAGGUGCGCAGGAAGGCCCAGAGGAUCCUGAGAGUCAACCUGUCGCCCGUGGUGGAGAUCAAGCCCAUCGCCUACCCAACAUAGCCCCCGGCUCGGCGCCACGACCUCGCCGCCACUCAGCACGCACCGGCCCUGCCUUUGAGCUGCCAUCUCUGGGACGGCAACAUCUGGGCCCGCUCCUCGGUAGGGGCAGGAGCCUAUACCUACCACAUCUGGAAAGACCUGUCAUCGGGGCAAUGACUCAGGACCUGCAACAUCUGGAAACGAAUGACUUGGGAUGUGGAACAUCUGGAAAGGGGCGUCGGUGGGGUAACAUCUCUGUACCUGCAACAUCUGGGGCCACAUUUUGGGGGCAGUGAUUUGGGCCUGGAACAUCUGGAGACUUGUGUCAGUGGGGCAAGGACAAGACCAGCAACAUCUGGACAUGUGCACCAAUGGGACAUGGAACAUCUGGAUAUGUGCACCAAUGGGUAACAGCAGAACAUGCAGCAUCUGAAAACAGGCACCAGUUAGACAAUGACUUAGGGUGUGCAACAUCUGCAUACAGAGGGCCGUUGAGCAAUGAUUCCGGCUUUGGAACAUCUGGAUACGUGCACCAGUGGAUGACAAUUAAGCACCUGCGACAUCUGGAAUUGGGCAUCAGUGGGACACAAUCAGAUGUCAUUGGUUCACGUGGCCGUACGUCUACGUGCGUUCCCCGUCUCACUCUGCCCCCAGUUAGUGCUGCUCCCUACUUUGCCAGGUGGGGAACCUCUGCCCCGUCGAGCUAGUGAGAUUGUGGUCUGCCAGCCACUCUACUCCUUGCCCUGAAGGAUUCUGCAGUUUACAUUUCUGGUGCUUCAUAGAAAGUGGACAGGGUUUCAGGGGCAGCAGAGACAUCACAAGUGACAAAACCCUUGCCUACGUCUACAGGGCUAAAGGGCCUCCAACUGUGUAGGUAUAUUCAUACCCGGCCUCGGGAUAUGAGCCACCAUUUGGAGCCGGUAGCUGGCUUAUAAGGGGGUCUCAGGGUCAUCUUAAAUAAACCUCCAGCAAUAUGGUGGAUUCAAUCCUCGGAUUUAAAGUGGAUCUUGCUUUAAACGGGGAAGACCGUUCCAGUGCUUUGAGUGCUGUCAUGACUCCACUCUGCUUGGGGGG